AGUUAUUUAGCGUUUAUGAAUAGCAUCGGAUUGUCGCUUGCCUAAAGAUGCAGAGAAAAAUGCAUUAUUUUCCAUUCAUUGUGCUUCUAUCUUUCCUACUUCUUCCGACGAUUUUUGCAACAAAUUGCAGUUGUCCUAUGUACUAUUGUGGGAGCUCGUGUUGCAGUUUGGCUGAAUAUAACCACAUUUAUCCAAUGGCGACUGGAUUUGCAGAAGGAUUCGGGGUCGCGCUCUUAUCUAUCAUCGGUAUUUCAGUUGCAGUAACGAGCUUAUGCACAUGCUGCAAAAAAUAUGAAUGUAAGAAAGUACGACACGUGAAAAAGAAAAAGCCGAAAAUAACUUAUACUUUUGAAAUAAGAAAAAAAGCGAAAGAAUUGCAGAAAAAUAAGAAGAAGAAAAAAAAUAAAGACACUAAAGAGACGACUGAAACUGAAAAUGUCUGA